CUCUCGUUGGACUAAACUCCAUUUUGGAAAAACCAGCUGUUGGAAGGAACCAGCUUCCCCCGAUCCCACAGUGGGAGGCAAACCACGGACACGCCGCCGCUCCGCUUCCUUCACCGGGAGCUUCUGUCUGACUGCCAGGGAACUUCCGCGGGGAUCCAUGGUGCGACGUUUCCAUCCUGACAAGUGGAUAACAGGAGGAGAGCAGACCGAGGUGUAAUGAGAGCGCUGGUCAUGGACAGAUGAUGGACGUGGAGACGUCGUACUCGGAUUUCAUCAACUGUGAUCGCACAGGCCGCAGGAACGCAGUGCCCGACAUCGCAGGGGAGGGGAAGGUCGGGGCGAGCACGAGCGAGCUCAGCAAAGACAUGGCGGAGAUGGAUCUGAAGGCUGCAGAAGGCGAGCCAGGGGCCUCCCCGGCUCCUGAGGCAGAGGGCUCUACAAGCCAAGAUGCCCAGGGAGGCGGAGGCCCGUCCUAAAACGGAAAAUGAUGAGCGAUGGAGAGAUUCAGACACUUGAGCUGCGGGAUGUUUGGAGCGACGGAGGGAAAAUGAAGAAGUGGAAAUAUAGCCGUCCUUCAUGGAUCUGAGGACUUUCAGUCACUGCCGGCCUGUUUGGAGCUUUCCUCGCUCCAAAUGUCGCCCACUUUUCUUUUUUUGUUGCUUUUUUGUUUCCUGGACCAGAGAAAGUAGAGAGAACCGAGUGGAAGUGGAGAACAGGAAGCUUUAAACUCUGUAUUUCCUGACGGGACGAGGAGGCACAGAAACUCUGGUUGAAUGGCUGCAGAGACGGACAGAGAUGAUUUAUAACCUGAAGCGGCGCUGCAGCCUGUAGAAGCCAACGUGUGUCAUGGAUUCACUAUCAUAUGUGUCGGGUUUUGGUUUAUCUUCACGUCUGUGUGUUUGUGACGCUCUCGUCCCCUUUUUCUUUUUUCUGGUAUCGUCUCCAUUUACUGUCGAGUACAGACUUCAUAUUUAUUGCUAAAUGUUCAGUGAUAACUUUGUGAUAGGAGAUUUUCUUUGUGUAAUAAAAUACUGAUGAAUUACUGUAA